AUGUGGGGAUACUCUACUACCAUAAUGUUGGCUUCCUGCCCAUCUGUAAUGUAUAAAAAAUCUCUUCUAUUGCAGGCUGGCAUACUUGCUGUUGGUAGAGGGAACAAAGUUGUUGAACCACUACUCGGAAGUGAUGGAAUUGAGAGGCCUGCAGUAGUCAACAAAAUGAACUUGACUUUAUCUGCUGAUCAUCGUGUUUUUGAAGGCCAAGUUGCAGGUGCAUUCCUCUCAGCUUUGCGGUCUAACUUCAGUGAUAUCAGAAGACUUCUACUGUGA